AUGUCGCCCAAGGGUGAGGUGCGCGAUGCUGUCUGCCAUGCUCUCAAGUCCGGCUACCGUCACAUCGACUGCGCCUGGGGAUACCAGAACGAGGACGAGGUCGGUGAGGGUAUCAGGAACUCUGGCGUUCCCCGCGAGGACAUCUGGAUUACCUCCAAACUCUUCGAGUUCCACCACAACCACGUGCGUCAGGCUGUCCAGGACACGCUCGACAAGCUCGGCGUAAAGUACCUCGACCUCUACCUCAUGCACUGGAACAUCGCCUUUGUUCCCGAGGACGUCCCCGCCGGUCAGCUGCCGCGCGACUCCAAGAAGGACCCUGCUACCGGCAAGCACCUUCUCGACCUCGAGACCACCGAAAACUUCACCAAGGUCUGGGCCGAGCUCGAGAAGCUUGUCGACGAAGGUAUCGUCAAGAACAUCGGUAUCUCCAACUUCUCUAUUCGCCGCACCAAGGAGCUCCUCAGGUCGUGCCGCAUCAAGCCCGUCGUCAACCAGGUCGAGCUCUCCUUCACUUUCCCCCAGCCCGAGCUCGUCGCUUGGCUCAAGAAGCAGGACAUUCUUCCUCAGGCUUACUCGCCUCUCGGCUCCACCGGUGCCAGCCAGGCUUCUCUCAGUGUCGUCGACAAGAUUGCCAAGAAGCAUGGCGUCCAGGGUGCCAAUGUGCUCAUCUCGUGGCAGGUCGCCCGUGGCUGCAACCCUUUGCCCAAGUCGGUCACUCCCGCACGUAUCGAGAACAACAUCAAGCUCGUCGAUCUGUCCGCUGAGGAGGUCGACGAGCUCGAGAAGGGCGCCCUCGCACAGACCCCCAAGAAAGUCUGCGAUCAGUCCGACCUCGUCGUUCCCUCGUACGACAUCUUCGAGGCUAACCAUCCUACCAACAACGAUAAGGUUCAGGCUGCUCAGGCUUAA